AUGAAGAACAUUGUUCUUGAGACGUACAAUGGGAAAACCGAUCCAAAGGAUCAUCUGCUUUAUUUCAACACGAAGAUGGUCAUAAGCUCAGCUUCCGACGCGGUGAAGUGCAGGAUGUUCCCGUCGACGCUUAAAGGUACAUCGAUGGCUUGGUUCACGACUUUACCUCGGGGAUCUAUCACAAAUUUUCGCGACUUCUCGUCGAAGUUCCUUGUUCAAUUCUCUGCGAGUAAGAUCAAGCAGGUAACGAUCGACGAUCUGUAUAACGUCCGCCAAUCAGAGGGUGAAACUUUGAAACGAUAUGUCAGGCGGUUCAGUGCAGCAUAUGUUAAGAUUGAGGAGUCGGAACCGCAUGCCUGUGCGCGAGCUUUUAAGAAUGGACUGCAGCCGGGGAAGCUGAACAGUAAGUUGAGUCGUAAGCCCGCUUGGUCACUGGCAGAAGUACGUGCUCGGGCGAACACCUACAUCUUGGAUGAGGAGGACGACGCUUUCAAAAGGAAGCGCGCAAAGAAGGAGAAGGACUGCGACCAGAGGGAUGUCUCGCCGACGGGUAAACAAAGGUGGGAAAAAAGAGAAAGCAGUAAGCGGAAGGACAAGAGGGGCAAGUCAGUUGAAAAAUUUGCAAAGGAACAACUCUACCCAAAGAAAGAAAGUUUUGAGCGUCGGCGCCGGUGGCGUCAAGCCGAUUCUCGCUGGCGGGAGGAAUCGGGCAAAAGUCUGAGCGCACAUCUGACGGAAUUGCUCCGAGAAGUCAAAGCAACACACGCAGUCGAAGAGGGCGAGAGGGAGGCUAACCCGCCUCGGGCGGCCGUGGAUAAAACCAAGUGGUGCGAAUACCAUCGAUCGGCGGGUCAUGACACCGGAGAUUGCUUCACAUUAAAGAACGAGAUUGAGAGAUUAAUCAGGGCGGGACGUUCACAAUUGAAUGAUCGAGGUGAUCGCUGGCAAGGCGAACGACAGCAGGGAAAUCGCUAUAAAGGGAGUCAUCGGCAGGAUGAUCGCAGAAGAAACGAUCGUCGUGAAACGCCAACAGCCGACAAGAAUGAGACGUUGACAACAAGAAAGAAAGGAGCUGAAGAAACCUUCAACAAAGAUCUCGAACCGCCGGUGGGAACGAUAAAUACAAUGGCUGGAGGUUUCGGUGGAGGCGGUGACACACCUUCGGUAAGGCGCAGGCAUGUCAGGGCGGUAACAUCAGUGCAAGAGAAUGCAACGCCAUUCAGUUUUCAUCACCCGGACAUAGUGAUAUCAUCGGCAGAUUUCGAGGGAAUUAAGACACACAAGGAUGAUCCCGUGGUGGUAAUGGUAAGGAUCAAUAACUUUAAUGUGCGACGAGUACUUUUGGACCAGGGAAGUUCUGUGGACAUUAUUUACGGCGAUGCGUUCGAGCAAUUGGGACUAAUAGAUAAAGACCUGAUGCCGUAA